AUGGUCUCCAUCUCCGUCACGCCGAGUGCAUCUCCCUCAUCCAAACCCUCGCCGACACGCUCCUGGGCCACGAUCACGUCAAUUACGACGGAAACCGUUCACCCAACUUAUUUGUUUACUCUCACAGAGUCUGAAACUGUUUCUCGUUCUGUCACGUCCAGCGCGUUCGCGGAAUCAUCGCAAACCUCACGUUCAGCCGUGGAUACUCAUGCCAUUGUUGAAACGUCAUCCACCACACUUGAUACUCCAGUGACAUUUACGGGAUCAAGUAUUAUCAUGACCUCGGUCAUGGAUGUCCCAUUGUCAACAAUGAGCCCUUCUGAUCCGUUAGCCCAUUUGAGCGGCUUCAACUCGUUGGAGAACGCACAGUCAACGUCGACAUACUUCGAACAGCCAGAGGCUACCACAAGCUCCACGAGCUCCACGAGUAUUUCAAUUACUUCUGCCUCGUCUUCAACAGCAGCAGCAUCAAUCUCUCCAGUCAUCUCACCAUUCAUCGGAACUGUAACGGGCACAAUCUCGCCAGACAAUUCCACCUCAUCCACCACUACUCCAUUCAUCGGAACUGUAUCGAGUAAAGUCUCACCAUACAAAUCCCCAACCUCGUCCAAUGCUACAGAAUCCUCCCCUUUCUUCAACACCAAAGAUGACAAGGCGAUCAAGCCCGCCGUCAUAGUCGGCAUCGUCAUAGGAGUAUCAGCCCUGAUCAUGUUCGCACUAGCAGGCUGUUUCAUCCUCCGACGCAGACGUCAAAAAAUCAUGAAGAAGCAAAAGAUCAUCGGCGCACAAAUCAAACGCCCCUCCUUCCGUUCAUCAUUAGGAUUAGGGUACAAAACCCUGCAUAUCCGCCGCGCAGCAACACCCACAACUACCAGGACCAUUCGAACCCCAACCCUCCCAGUCAUCCCAGAAGAGGCCCACACAGUCCCAGCCUGCUCCAAUGACCCGUUCACCCACGCGCACUCAAACCCAGACCUGUCAAUGGACAGUCUGUACCUACGCAGUGAACGUUUACAUCGCGCCUCCUACGCUCAGCCCGGGCUCACUUCCGGCUCCCCGACUGACCACUCCCCCUGGAAAUCAACGUCUGUCCUCCCUCACGCGGGGUCUCGGGCUACUCCCACACCUCGUGGGAGGAUGCAAGCGUAG